AUGUUUAUGUUAGCUCCAAGAAUCCAUUUUUGUGGAUAUUAUUAUUGUAAAGAGAAAUAUAUAAAAUUUGGAGAAAAGAGCAUGAGUUAAACAUUUACACCACUUAAUGAUAAUAACAGUCAAUAUAAUAAUAGCGGUCAACCUUUAAUUGAAAAAGAAAAUAAUCAAGGAGAAUUUAUUAUUAAGGAUGAUAUGGUCUAUGUAAGAUACAAUAGAGCUCAGACUAUUUUCUAAUAUAAUAUGAGAAUUAGAGGUAGCUCUGUAGGUGCCCAUGAUAUGUUGAUGGUAGAAAACUAUAGUAUGUACCAAAUUGAUCUUAAUUAUACUUAUAAUAUUUAUUCUUCUAAUGCUGAUGAUUCUUCUAAAGUUUAUAAAUAUAAACCACUUUAGUAAAUCAAGGAUGAUAUUGAUGAGAAAAAAUAUAGAAAAAUUAAAUAUAUGUCUUUAUGA